AUGCUGACUUCAUCCCUCAAGGCAAGUGCACAACAUAAAGACGAACUAUGGUUGAAAGUUGUGCAUGCUUUCCGUGGUAGAAGUGAAUCAGAAGAUGAUCGUGGUGGAAUAGCUGCAUUAAUUCGUCAACAAUAUCAUCGACAAUCAAAAGAUGGUAUAGUGAACAAACAAGUCUCUAAGAAAAGUAAACUAACAGAACAAUCGAUUAGGAAUGAUGGCCUACAUCAUCAUCAACAACAGCCAUCGACUGAUUUUACAGAUCUCUCAUCUACUACAGCAAUUACACCAAAUGGAUUAUGGGAAGAAACACAAGAAAAUCAUUGCCUGUUAAAAUUAGAUUCAGAAAUCUAUAAAAAUAGUCAUUAUGGUGACACUGAGAGAAGCAAACAAGUGGACAAUCAGGAUGAAGAGGUAGAAGAAGAAGAAGGCAUAAUCUCUACAUCAGUGACAAUUACCAAUGAAGGCAAUCUUUAUACUUCUUCUCAUCUUGAAGAAAAUGCUUACAAGAGUACAAGUGAAACUAGAGCACCGCUGAAUCCAGAUCUUGAAGAAUGGAUUAAAUCAAGUUGGAUACAAGAUUCAGGACAAAAAGACAGUGAAAGCUGUACUAUCACAGAAUCCCCGUAUAAUAUUGAAGAUCAACAAGUUAACAUUGAACAUUCUUCUUCUUCUUCUAUACGUCAAGAUUCUACUACUUCUAGUGGUAGGCUGCCAUCUUCAAAUCGUCCAUAUAAUCAUCAAGGCAGACGAUCAAGUAAGCCGCCUGCACCACCACCACCUCCAUCCUUCAAACAAUCAUUUAGUACAGCUACCUCAGAAGGCGAUAACUUAUUCUAGAACGUUUUGUGAUAAAUAUAUACCUAUAUAUACAUAUAUACCAAAGUUAUUAUUAUCAUCAUCAGUAUGUAGCCUUAAGAUGGAUAACGUCGAAUAGAACAGCGACAAGGAGUAUAUGUUUAAUAUAACAUAGCCUAAUGCCUAACACCAAGAGGAGGUAACACUACUCAUCAAAAUAAUAGUAAUUAGAAAUGUUGCUCAUACGCAUUUAUCUCAACCAAUAUUAUACAAAUCUCAACAACAAAAAACCAGCAACGGAGGAAUUCAACUCUACAAGCAAUCUGUAUAUUUCAUUUCUUCUCUUUUUUUU